UCUGUCCUUUUCGGGAUUAAUCCACGGGCUUAAUAAGUCGGGGAAGAGACAUACAGAUACCUGCAAAGUUAUUUGACGGUGGUGGUGGCGACAUCAUUUGCCCGCCCGCACUAACACCGGCAUUCCUUCUUUGGCCGACAUUGCAAUCACCAACUACACACUUCCCAAACGUCCUCAACAACUUCUCCUCCUCCCCAUUACUCGAACGACUACCACAAGAUCAAUUGGAUCCGGAGCCGGCUCCUCUUCAAUCCACAUCGACUGGGCCGGCAACAAUAUCGCUAGUAACAUGCCUCAGGCUCCCAAUCUCUCCUUGAGCAGCUUUCUCAAUCCCGCAUCAUCCUCCUCUAGUCGAAAGAGAUCUCACGCAGAGAUCACUCGGUCCCAAAGUCGAAGUGCCACUCCCGAUCUACCCUCGAAGCGCCCUCGCAUUAGCCCUCCCUACGCCUUAGUACCAUCCUCAGGAUUUGUCUCGGGCUCACCCACUCCUGCGCCUCCAACGACACGAUUUGAGCGAGACGGGUUCGAUUACCGCAGACCCAUUAUGUCUACACGAACACAGCAAUCCUCACAUGGUCCUGACGACGUCACCAUCGAUCUUACUGCUGAUAGCGACGUCUCUACUGUUUCCGACGCCUCCCCUCGACCUGCACCGAGACGCCAUGCGAGACCACAGUCUGAGACCAACAGAAACCUCCGGGCUCCGCCUUUCAGCAGAAGGCAACAACAACACGAUCAUGAAGUGAUAGAUCUGUCAGAGGAGGAUUCCGACUUCCAUAUUGAUGACUUUGAGGUGCACAGCGACACUGAAUCGGAACGGUCUGCGCAUACUCUUGCUUCAAGUCCAGAGGUUCAAUUCUUGCACGAGAGACCUGCUUCGCCAGGCAGCCGGCGGCCGGACCCCCCAAGACCUUCUAUUCAUGUGGGCACAUUGGGUGCGGACAGGCAAGGACCAUUCAAUCUAAUACCAGAUCUUUUCAGAAGGGGCACGCAGUUCAUGUUUGGAAAUAUGCAGCAUGCCUAUGAUGAAAUGUUCGCCGACCGUUUUGAGCAGGCGAGGGCUCGUGGCAAUGAUGCGAGACCUAAUGCUGGCGCGCAAGGGAACGACGCUGAUCCCGAGCUUGUCAUCAAUCUGAACUACAGACGGCCAGCAUUUGCUCUCGGUGGACUGGAGAUGUAUGAUCGCACGUCAGAAACACCUCAAGUCGUGCAAGAACCAUACAAAGCUCCUCCCACAGCCAAAGAAGGGUUCAUCCGGACUUUUGGUGAAGAAGAUGUGAUAUUAUGUCCCCGUUGCGGUGAUGAGUUGGCCGUCGGGAAAGACGAUACGAAGCAGCAGGUGUGGGUUGUCAAGGCAUGUGGCCAUGUUUUCUGCGGAGAAUGUGCGGCGAGUCGGUCCACCACCACGAGAGGACCGAAAAAGCCCGACAAGAAACGAGCGCCGCCCAAGCCUGCUCAGCCAUUCAAGGAAUGCAAAGUCGAUGGCUGCAAUUCGAAGCUGACUGGGAAGAAUGCUAUGUUCCCAAUUUACCUAUGAUGAAACAUGGAGAAGUCCUGCAGCAGCAAUUGAUCCCAUGCAUAGGUCACAAUGGUCGCUUCUGUCUCCUGCCUGCA